AGACUGAAAAUGUGUGCCUGUGGCGAGUGCUGGCUAUACAAAGCAACACUCAAUUUGAGAAAUGAGCAUUCAAACACUCCAUAAGCACUUUAUUUUUGUCUGCUUUGUGAGCAGCUGAACACAUGUCCAGGCUGAAAUACGCUGAGCUGCUGCUUCUCGGCGAGCGUGCCAGUGCCGCUCGGCACGAGGAGCGGUGAGAAGGCUCCCGGCCCUGCAGGCAUGGGACAAUUUGGAACUUUGUCCGGUGUCCUGAAGAGGCACUCCUGACCUUCGUCCUGGAAAAGCACAUCUGCAGAUCUCCUGCUCAGCUGCAUCCCAGAGGAGAGGAUCCCAGCUAAGCCGUACAAAAUCAUCUCCAGUUUCUCAACAAGAUGAGCACUCUGGUCAUCCUGAUCAAAACUCGAACCGUGUCUGAUGGCAUUCCUAAUGUCGUGUGUGCAGAGGAGUGAAUGCCCCAUGUUGUGUUAGUGCCUGUCUGCCAUGCUGGCCUGUCUGCCAGGACCAGGUGACCUCUCCUUUCAGCUUCUUUCUUACACGCAGAUGAACACUGGACUUCAGAAAUGGGACACUACACAGAAAAUGAGAUCUGCACAGUAUCCUACCCCAGCAGAAUUGGAUGCUUAUGCUAAGAAGGUCGCCAACAAUCCACUGACUAUAAAAAUUUUUCCAAACAGUGUCAAGGUUCCCCAGAGGAAACACAUACGCCGUACUGUGAACGGACUUGAUACUUCGGGCCAGAGGUACAGUCCCUACCCGUCUCAGGCCACCACGAAAACAGGCCUCCUGGCGAUAGUCAAAUCUCCAGCAAAAGGAAUUAUCAAAGACUUUGACGGGACACGCACGCGUCUGCUGCCGGAAGCGAUGAUGAAUCCCCCUUCCACCCCGUACGUUGCACCUAGCACUUUAACCCACCCCCAGGCGCUUGCUCGCCAGCAGGCUCUCCAGCAUGCACAGACUUUGCCGCACCCCCAGAGUAUACCGCAGCCACAGACUUUGCAGCACCCUCAGGGUAUUCCACAGCCACAAAGCUUACCGCACCCUCAGGGGAUACCGCAGCCGCAGACGCUGCCGCACCCUCAGAAUAUGCAGCAGCCACAGGGCUUGCAGCAUCCUCAGACCAUGGCACACCAGACUCUGCAGCACCCCCCGAAUCCUUUGCUGCAGCCAGGUUUACAUGGAAGCAGAAAGAUGCCGGAUGCAGAUGCGCCGCCGAAUGUGACCGUGUCUACCUCAACCAUUCCCCUCUCUAUGGCUGCCACCCUGCAGCAGAACCAGCCACCGGACCUGAGCAGCAUUGUGCACCAGAUUAACCAGUUCUGCCAGGCCAGAGCUGGCAUUAGCACUACCUCAGUCUGUGAGGGACAGAUUGCAAACCCCAGCCCUAUAAGUCGCAACCUGCUUAUCAAUGCAAGUACCAGGGUAUCUACUCACAAUGUCCCUACACCCAUGCCUUCCUGUGUAGUAAACCCUGUAGAUCAUGCUGCUGCUGCUAUUCCUCCUGCCUCUGUUAAUGUGCCCAUGGUGAAUAUUAACAGGGUGCCGCCCGCCUACCAGAACGAAAUCAAAUCGGUUGCGUGGAACCAGCACCAGCUUGCACAUCUGCAGCAAAUGUGUGGGGAUGCUGCUGGGCCUGCUGGACUGGCAGGGAAGCACCCUCAGAGAGAGAUCGCGGGGCAGAGUUUUCCUGGCAAAACUUCAAACUACCCUCAAGAACUGUGCAUGGGCCAGUCGUUCAGCUUGAAGCCCCCGAUCGAGAAGCCUACGCCUUCUCCACCUGUGAACGGGUUGCAGGGACCCUUGCCAUAUACCAAUGGGCACUAUUUCCAGCCCAUCUGGAAUAACAUUCUGCCCACACCCAACAGUGACAGCUCUGGGUCCCAGGACCUCACCAUGCCUUUCCACGGGGGACAGCCAGCAGGAGCGCCGCUAGAUUGUGCAGGGGGAACUCAUUACAGAGCUGGAGCUGGUCCAUCCAGCCAGAAUAAUGUGAUGCAGACCAUGGAUUACCUAAGCGGGGACUUCCAGCAGUCCUGCUUCAGAGAUCAGAGCAUGGCCGUGUUGGGAAAAGUCCAUCGGCCUCCCAUGAACCGAGCACCUGAACCAACCGAUAGUCGAAAUCUUCAUAUUCAACACCCAGGGUAUAGAUAGGCUGCAGUCACUUUCACAGACAAAAAUUAUAGGUUUAGUCUUAAUUUUAAUUAAUAAGCAAGGCAUUUUUAACUUGCAAACUUGUGUGAUCAUUAUAGUAACCAUUGGAAGAAGAUAUACUGUAUAUUUAAAAGCUUUGCUUACAUGUUAUCUAUCUCCUUUGUGCAUCAAAUAUUUAACAUGCCUUUUGUGUCAAAGAAUUUCAUUACACUACUUCACGCCACAGCUGUUUCCUCACCGCAGAAUCCCCUUUGUGCAGCUUUUGCCUUCUGCUUAGUAGCUACUUGCUGGACUGAUGUUGAGUUGCUGCAGGGUUUCGCAGUUGCAUCUGUUCGCCAGCUCCGUCAAGAGCGAGGUAGCGUAGCUGCUUAAAUUUCCAUCUCAAUUUCCUCUGAAGAUUAAGAGCAACAGAAUUUGUCAGGAAGCAGGGCUUAUUUUUGACUCGAAAGCCCAUUUCAUUAAUGCAUUAAACAUUGACCAUUUGCACUGUCUAGAGGCCUAUUUAAUUGAAAAAGAAGCCUACAUUUGGAAAGAGCUAGCUAGGGGGGUAUGUAUUUAGGCAUUAAUAUAGGAAGAAGCUUUUCAGCUGUUUCUUGCCGAGACACCCGCGUUUAUCGUUUAGACUUUGUCCAAAGUCAAAAGUCUCUGGCAGAUUUUUCUGACACUUUUUCAUUUUUUUUGCAGACAGGGUAUGGAGGAGGGGGGAAUGGUGGGUUUAGGACGUAGGCAGCAUAGCUGCCAUGGGUAGCUGCCUUUUUCCUGCAUCAUAUGUCCCUUCCCUGCUCCCCUUUCACCAGCGUAAGAGCUAACUUUGUCUGAACCCCUCGCUGCUAGGAGUCUGGCCGUCCUGAUGUGAAGGGAAUCCAGACCCACUGACAACUCCAAAAAGGGUUCAGCCACUUCUCCGAUAGCUAGAAUUAAUUUCAGGGUGAGGAGGUGUAACUCGAGCUGGUCCCCGGUGCAGUGAGCGGGCGCGGGGCAGCGGGGCUCGGGCCCCUCACAGCCGCAGUACCGGGGGGGAAAGGGAGAUGGUCGAUCUGAAGCAAAGCUCUGCUCACAAGCCACUGUGGGACCCACGACCCCUAUUCCUCUCUGUCACAACACCACAGCAGAUUUAACAGAACCAUUCUCCUCUCUGGGGUUUAGCAAAGCUAUUUGUAACACCCCUUUUUCCCAGGGUCUCGGUGCCUAACUCCUUCUGUCCCUUUCCCACGUCACUUCCAGCAGCUAGUCGAGUCAGUGACCGUAGGACACUAACUAUUGGGUAACCUCAGCAUCUUGUUCUCCUCAGUGUACCGAAACACACCUUUCCUUUCUAACAGCCGAAUCUGUUGUAAGUAGAAAAUUUCUCAUCUCUGUUCACGAGACUAAUACUUGAACAUAAUGAUCACAAUCAAGUUUGGAAAUUAAAAAAAAAAAAGAAAGUAAAAAAAAAUAAAUGCAUUGAUUCUUUAUAUGUACACUGGCUAAAAAUAUUGCUCUACACUGUAACUUUUAAGUGUAAUAUUUCUGUAUGAAUGUCGCCUGGUAGUGUGGGUUUGAGUAGCAUUGUGUAUGGGUGAACCCACUGGCCUCUGCCAUCCACUGGCCUCCCUCACAGCCCUUUGAAAAACAAAGCCUUAAGUAUUUGCUCCUUGAACUUUCCUUAACGAGCAUGGUUUAAAAUCUUAAGACAUCAUACAAAAUUAAAAAAAAAAAAAAAUAACAAGUUUUGAAGUGACGUCAUAGUUGGCUAGAGAUUCUUAAAAGUUUUUCGUAAAUGGAAAAAUUAGAAAACAUUUAUUUGUAUUUUUUUAAUUUAGACGUGUAGUCCUGGGCUGUAACAAAUAUUUAGGUUUCAAAGCUUAGCAGAGUACGUUUUCUGACUCCUUGCGUAAGUUAGUACACUUAUAUCAUGUCAUUAUUUAAAUUCUUUUAAGUGUACUAUAAACCGUUCUUUAGUGGUAACUCUUUAGCAAAGUUAAGCAAUUUGACUAAAGACGGAUUAAAUUAUGUGUUGGCUUGUGUUGCCUUAUAUUUAAAAAGGAAAAAUUGCCUGAUUGUGUUAUGCCAAAUGAUAGCAACAUGAAGUCCUAAUUUAUUGUUUAUAAUCGUAUUCCUGCAGUCUUUGUGAAAACUGGUAAAUAUACAUCUAUGAAAGAACUAAAAUCCUGAGGCUUUUCAUGCAAUAUUUUUCUGAAUACAUUCUAUUGGAAGCCAAGGUUCGAGUCUGAAGCUGCUUCCCUUACAGUCUCCCCGCCGUCGUCCCUGUCCUACUCCCCCCAAUCAAUCUAGGGCUGUGCUAUGACUUUAACCUUUUCCUGCCGAGUUAGUUACUGUAAGGUGUUCUGCUACCUGAAUACGUACCUUUUUACUAAAUAAAAUAUUGGCAUCUCCUCUGUUCAGUAGCCUGCUACAAAUCUCAACCCAGACUGUUAUUAAAAGUUCGGGUUUUUUCCUCCUGCUCUUCUCCCGAGAGAGAGAGAGACGGAGUCGAGCCCCGUGUCGUGGUGUUUGUGGUGGUGGUGGUGGUGCUGGCCGCGCGUUGUGACGUGCCGGGGGUUGUUCUGCACGGGCAGGUGCAGGUAGAGCCACGCCACCUCCGGGACUUCGCCCUGGCGCAGCAGGACCGGGGAGCAAAACCACUCCCAAGAUUCAUCCAGGCAGGACUUGGCUCGAAAAAUAGCAAUCAUUUUACUAUUAAAAUAUACUGAAGUAGUUUCUUUUGUUCUAGCAGUGAGAUUUUUCUUUAAACCAACCCUUCCCACUUCUGCAGCAGCCUGUUGCUGACGGGCUCUCCCAUCUCCUUCCCCACUCCAUCUUCUCUAGAGAGCCACCAGCACCCCCUGGACCCCGCCGGGGGGAGCCAGACGAGGCACUGUCCCUCACCAGGGUGACGAAGGGGCGAGCAGACGAGGUGGCCGGAGGUGUGCUCUCCUGGAAACCUUUAUCCACACACAGUUUUUACUUCACGCUCUGCCCAGUGCAGAAAUAAAAAUAACCUAAAGGCCAGGGACACACGUUCCCCCUGGGCAGUCCCUGGGACCCCCAUGCAGAGGGUUGCCUGCCUUUGGGCUGCACGUCGCAGCGCUUGGCUUGUCUUUCUGUCUGUCUUUUCGUCCGUGGGUCAGUGGCUCCCUGACCUCUGGCUCCAGCACCAGGCUCCUCUUCCGCUGAUGGAUCCUGGGUACUUGCAGGUGAUGGUUCUUCUCCUUGAGGAAGGAGUAAAAGGUGUUUACAGAUGUUUUCCUGAACUAUUUGCACUGCCUCGUCAGCGCUGAAAUCUGUCCCCUUUACAGUGCCACACUGAUUUAGCAGAAUAUCGUUAUUCUCAUGGCUCCUGGCAGCUCCCUUGCCAGCUGGAGGUGGACGUGAGCUAUAGGUCCUAGGAGGGAUAAACAACCCUUCCACGAGGAAGCUUCCAUCUCUGACGUGUCUUGUCUCGAGCAGAAGCUUUGAAGCUAUUAAUUCGCAAGCCCAGUUUGUUACAGCCCAAAGUUAACGUUUUGUAAAGCCACUUGUGAAUUUUCUUUAAGCUUUCAAUGUGAGAGAUGUCUCCGUGGGACCCAGCCACUCCCGUAGAAACCAAACAGAAAUGUUUGCUGGGACUCACUGGGGAGAGAACUGAGAAUUGCUGCUGUAUUUCAUUAAACCACAGACUGAUUAUAAACACUGCUGCUUAUGUGCUACGGGUAUGAACUAGGAUUUUUUUUUUUUUUUAAUUUUUUUUUUUUUGUCUGCAGGAAAAAUAAA